ACACACACACACACACACACACAGAUCCUUUGCGGAAGAAGCCACAGAGAGGAGCCGAGGCGGCGCUAAAUUAAAUUAGCAUCACUAACUAGUUAGCUGUGGAUGGACGGGUGAAAGAGGAGCUGAAUCAACAACAGCGCCGUCUUUAAGACCAGAGACACGCCGUUCUCAGGGAUCAUUUUGUCGGAUCUUUGCCUGCCGAGGAGAUGGGGGACAAGGCGGGCACCAGAGUUUUCAAGAAGUCGAGCCCCAACUGUAAGGUGACAGUGUACCUGGGAAAGAGAGACUUCGUGGAUCACCUGGACCACGUGGACGCUGUAGAUGGCGUUAUCCUCGUCGACCCUGAGUACCUGAAGGACAGGAAAGUCUUCGUCACGCUCACCUGUGCGUUUCGUUACGGCCGGGAGGAUCUGGAUGUUCUCGGUCUGUCUUUCAGAAAGGAUCUGUACAUCUCCACCUUCCAGGCGUUUCCCCCGGUGCCGGAGGAGAAGAAACCGAACAGCCGGCUGCAGGAGCGACUGCUGAAGAAACUCGGGCAGCAUGCUCACCCCUUCUAUUUCACUAUUCCUCAGAACCUCCCAUGUUCAGUCACUUUACAGCCUGGUCCAGAGGACACUGGGAAGGCCUGCGGCGUCGACUUUGAGAUCAGAGCUUUCUGCGCCAAGUCAAUAGAAGAAAAGAUCCACAAGAGGAACUCGGUGCGUCUGGUGAUCAGGAAGGUUCAGUACGCUCCGGAGAAGCCCGGCCCUCAGCCCAUGGUGGAGACGACUCGCAGCUUCCUGAUGUCGGACAGAUCCCUGCACCUAGAGGCCUCUCUGGACAAGGAGCUGUAUUACCACGGAGAGCCAAUCAGCGUCAACGUCCACGUCACCAACAACUCCACCAAGACCGUGAAGAGGGUCAAAAUAUCAGUGCGCCAGUACGCAGACAUCUGCCUGUUCAGCACUGCUCAGUAUAAAUGUCCCGUGGCCCAGCUGGAGGCAGAUGACCAGGUGUCGUCCAGCUCCACCUUCUGUAAGGUCUACACUCUGACCCCGACGCUCGACAAGAACCGAGAGAAGAGAGGACUCGCUCUGGACGGGAAGCUCAAACACGAAGACACCAACCUGGCCUCCUCCACCAUUGUGAAAGAUGUCACCAACAAGGAGGUUUUGGGGAUCCUGGUUUCCUACAGAGUCAAAGUGAAGCUGGUGGUCUCGCGUGGAGGGCUGCUGAGAGGCAUGUUGGACAGAGACGUGUCGGUGGAGCUGCCGUUCAUCCUAAUGCAUCCCAAACCCGUAGAGCCGCCGCUGUCCCGCCCUCAGUCCGCGGUGCCAGAGAUGGACCCUCCCAUCGACACCAACUUGAUAGAGUUCGACACAAACAGCAUCUCCCAGGACGAUGACUUCGUCUUCGAGGAUUUCGCCCGCCUGCGGCUCAAAGGUGCCGUCGACGACAAAGACGAGGACUGCUAGGAUCUGCUUCAUACGCUCGCUACACACACACACACACACACACACACACACAAGCACACACACACACACACACACAUACAUUCUUCAUGUUACAUUCCCCGGUGGAUGAUGAGUGGACGGAGGUCGCCGGUGUUCUUCCCUUCAUCUCGUCAAGCCGCCGCUGCUGCCAUUUUUCUCGCCGCCGUCUCCUCCAUCCGUCUCUCUGUCUCUCUCGUUCUGCUGACAAACUGCUGCCGGACAGACCGUGUGUUGCCGGGCGAAUCCGAGCUCUGACACGUGGUGAAUAACAAGAAGAAAAGAAGAAGAAGAAAUAUAUAGAAGAAGGAAAAAAAAAAACCGUGUAGGGAGCUGCAGCGCUCGUAUGCUUUUAUUUUGAAAAUCCUCUUUUGAAUGUCGAUCACCGUCUUGUACAAACAGAAUAUAUAUUUGAAACAUAGAAAAAAAAAAUCUUCUACGAGCGUUUGAGAUCUGUGUUCGGUGGUGAUCGCCGCUUUCUCUUCAAGAUAACACUGCGAGGGGAGGACACACACACACACACACACACACGCAGGUCGGAUUUCACCAGCAUCCACUCUCGUCACCCUGUCGCCCGUUUUCUACAAAAUGUUUCAGCCGUUUCUUUUUUCCUUUUACUUUGAAAGAACUAUUCCAGCGUUGACAGAGUUCCUGGUUUUAUUUUGAAAAACAAGCAUUUUCAUUGUUAUUUUGGAGUUCAGUCAUUUUCAGUUCAGGACAAAUCGUUUGAGGAAAAACUUGAAGGAUUUCUAAAAUAAAUUCAGAAAUGUAACAUUUUAACAAAUGAGAAGAAAGCGUAAUUUAUGCUAAUAUUGUUAUUUUUAAAGUGUAAAUCACCUCCAAAUUACAUCAAAGGAAAAGGUCUAGAUAUUUCUAAAGGCAUUUCAGCCAGUCAUGUUCAACACAUGUUCCUAAAACAGGAGAACAUUGUGCUUUUGUUGGAUGACAAUACAAUAGGAAUAUGGCAAAAAUCAAGAAUGAAUUCAGAAAAAUUGACGAAAAAAAUGUGCAAUUGUUCUGGAAAAAAAUAAGGAAUCAAAAUUACAAAAUUAAAUUGUAUUUUAUUAGAAACUUAAAAUAUUUUCAAAGUAAAAGCAGAAACCAAUCUUCUUAAUAUAAAUGUUUGUUGGGAAAGUUUGUCGUUCACAUAAUUCCUGUUAUAUAAAUGAGGAACUGUACUUUAUUCCUGUUACCAAAUCAACACAGAAUAUCAAAAAGAGGUGGCUUUUAUUCUGAAAGGGUAACGAGCACAGACUCUGGUGACGCUGGAAUGGUUUAGUUUAUUUUCCGGUCAAAAACAAAACAACAAUCCUAUGAUUUAUUUUCACCCUCAGCAGGUGUAAACUGUUCUGGUUUAAUUAAAUAAACUAAUCGUUAUCACACCUGAAGAAAUAGAAAAGUUAGUUUGAAUUUCAGUUUUUUAGUCAUGAAGCGCUGAAUUACUGAGUGUUACUGAGCUGGCUGUGGAGGAGCGAGGCUGCCAAAGGAGAAAGUAAAUCAAAUGUUUGAUAAAUAAAUUAAAAGACUUAAGAACAUUUGCUAAAAUAAUAUUAAGAAAUCCAGGCAUUAAUUAAGUGAUACCUUUGUUGAUAUUUAUCUAUUCUCUAUUAUUCUAAAAUGGAUUAAAGAAUAAUGCAUACAUGCACUUAGAAUCCAUGCAAAAUGAAAUACUCAAACAAUUAAAAGUCAAAAAAUAAUUAAUUAAUUUAAUUAAAAACAAAUAAACAUUUUUGAUAUAUAUAUAUAUUAUAAUGUAUAUUUUAUUUUUGUUUGAUUUAAUGUAUUUUAAUAUAUUUAUCAAAUCAUUCAUUAUUUAUUUGGCAGCUUUUUCCCUCCGUACAUUUGUGCCAUUUAGUUGACUUAAUUGGACCAAUCUGUCCCGGCUGCUUAAAGGGAAACACUGCUGCUUUUUAUUUUCUGAUAUAUAAAUCUGGUCAUCUCACCAAUAUGUUUUAUUUUAUUCUGAAGGAUCUGUACGCCUCGUGCCUUCUGCGCCUCUGUUGCCAACAAGCUGAGUUUCUGUUAAUGCCAGUUCCUCGUUGUUCCUGUGAUUUUAAAGGAAACACCAGGUGUUUUUAUUAUGCUAGUCAAUUAUCACACAGUUCAUGUAAUUAUGAAUAAAUACCUUUGUUUAUCACCUUUCCAUAAAGUAAUACUGUAAUAUAGAUCCCUAAAUGGUAAUAUAUUUACAGGAUUUUCUUCUAGUAUAUAGAGAAACAUACAUGGGAUUUAAAAUGCUAAAUAAUGAGAACAUUUGAUUGGAUUUUGCCCCUAGAAAGAAGUCUUUCACUAUUUACAAUACAAGGAACUGAUUAACUAAACUGCAUUGCAAAAUUAUAGUUUAAGUGAUUAAAUUAUCCUUUAAAAAAUGACUGUUUUUGUCCCAAAGUUACAACUUUAUUCUGGUGAAAACUUUUCAUUUCUUGCAGGUCUUUAAGUUCCUCUUUUAUCUAGACUUGUGUCAAGUAAAACAAGGAAAUCCUUUAAAAAUGUAAAUUGUAUUCUUAAUAAUUGGCCUUUUUCCUCCUUAAUCUUGAGGAUAUAAUAUUAAGACUUGGUACUGUAUACCCCCCCCCCCCCCCCCCACACACACACACCAUGUGACAAAAAGUCUUCAAAUUGAAUGAAGUGCCAUAACCCCAGUAAGAGAGAUUCAAAUAAUCCAGCAGCAGUGUUUCCCUCCACGUUUUCUACAUAUUUUCUCACACACGUAAAGAUUUCCCCGAUUAAAAAACGAACCCACAGCAAACACAGAUCCACAUUUCAGACGAGCACCGCACUUUCACCGGACACACAGACCGACCCGCAGAGCUGCAGACCUCGUGUCGCUUAUUCCAGAAGAAGAAUGUUCAUCUUAUUUUUUGAAUGUUUCGACAUUUUGCCCCAAAUUUGUUGUGUUAAAAAAAAAAGCUUCACACAAAUUUCCCCCAUUUUUUUGUAAUUUUGCCAAACCCCCACCUUCCCUUCCCUUCCCUCCCUGCGACACCCCCCCCCCCCCCCCUGAAGAAGAGCAUGUUUUUUUAAUUUAGAAUUUUUGGGAUUUCCAAGCAGUGCUGUGAAUCGUACGAGCUGUGAUUCUGUACUUACUUUUUGUCGUGCAUAUGUGGGGUGACUUUUUUGCUAAGUGUGAAGAUCUUUUAAGUGCCACGCCCCGGCCUGUGCGACGCUAACCAUAAAGUCUAUAAACAGGAAGUGAUUCUGCUGGUGGACAAACGCCAGGAAAAUAUGAUGAUUAUUAAGCUUCUGAUUAUUAUUAUUAUUAUGGUGACUUAUUAUUAUUACUGUAUCAUCACUGCGACCAUGGUUAUCCUCAUAAUCAUUUAAGAGUCUAUUGUUUGCCAUGUAUUUUUUAUUUUGAGAUUUUUAUUUUAGUUUCCUUUUUAUUAUUAAAGGUAAAAUGAACUAACAGAC